AUGUACUUGUUUGCACUGCAAUCAGCGCUUAUUUCAUUUCUCAUAGCGACAUCAGAUGCAUGUAAAAUUCAAUUUCGGAUGACAUCGAAAGCAGAUUCACCUUUUAAAGUGCAAUUUAUAGUGCCAUCCAUUUCUUAUUCAAGUCCAGAACUUGAAUUCUUAACCAAGGAUCAAAGUAUUAUUCAUGAUAUUCAAGGAGAACAAUGCGAUGCAAAAAAGUGGCAUAUAAUUAUAUGGAAACAAGAGGAUGAUGAUUUCAUUCCCGUGCAUGAUUAUCAAACGAAAUUUGAAGGAAUUGGUCAUGUAUCUUUCGAAGUUGACAAUACAUACACACCAGACUUUACAGAUCGGUUUGGCGUGUUUCAGAGCAAUUUGUAA